UCGGCUCGCUGACCGGCGCCGCAAGUGGGCAGGGCAGGGAGAGUAAAACGAAAGGUUCACGGAUUGAGACAGGGACCAGAGGAGGUUACAAACCGAUUGCCGUCACCGGCAAAGCAGGCUGAACUUGGGGAUAAUAACUGAAUUUACUACAAACAAAAUGAGAGGAGCAUAAUGAGAAGUUAAAACACCUUGCCCCUCCCGCCCCUCAGCGGCGCAGGGAGAGAGCGAAUGGAGGUUAGGGUCAGUUCGUCACGCGUCGUUCCUGCCGCUGCUCAGGGAGAUAGAGGGAUCCUUCCCCUGCUCGUCCGGCACGUCCCUCUCACGCACUUCGCCAAUGUGAACCUUUACCACGGACAGCAGAGCUGCUCCGACGCGACAUGACCCACUCUUCCACGGGGUACACUCCUUCAGGAGCAGCCUGCUCCAGCGUUAUCACGGAGGCGUUGCCACCAUUUCUCACGGGCUCGGCCUUGACCGGCAGUGCAUCCACCUCGGCGCCAGCUGGCUGUGGCUCUGCCAGACACCGCAGAAGUUUCUGGCAGCUCCUCACAGAAGCCACCCCUGUCGUCCCCCUGCUACCAGAACCUGAUUGUGCAAGCCCAACACAGCUUUGCAGGCUGGGUGUGAAGCAACUGGGCUGUCAGACGAGCUGCAAGCCGCUGGUUAUUCUAAUAUUUGUCUGUGUGCUGACUAAGGAAUCUGUAGAAAUUACUCCAGUGCCAUAUAGAGUGCAAGUCCGUCGUGUAGGUCUGGAUGGAAGAGAGCCCUCUAACCCUUUGAGGAGAGAAAAGAAACAGAUGCACUGUCAACUGGGACAAUACCUACACCCCAGAAAGACCCACUGCUGCAUGAGGUGUCAUGCAGGUACCUACAAGGCAAAAGACUGUGAAGGGCCUGACCAGGCAACUGUCUGUCUCCCAUGUGCCAAUGGCACAUUCACAGCUGUUGAUAACACCAUGUCUAAGUGCUUCCAGUGCAAACGCUGCCGUAAAGCACUCCAGCAGAUAGUAGAGACACCCUGCACCCCAAAGCAAGAUACUGUCUGUGGCUGUCAGAAGAAUCAGUACCAGGUUGAUUCUGAGUCUGAAUACUUCCAGUGCAGGAACUGCAGCUCGUGUGCCGAUGGGAUUAUUGCCAGCUGUUCAAAGAACAAAGAUGCAAUUUGCAGGUGUAAGCCUCAAUUCUUCCUGUCACGUAGUAAUAUUUGCAAGCCUUGCAACAGCUGCACUGGAGAAGACUGCUUGCUGUGUCCCAGCCCUGUCACUACCUCACCGACCUCAUCUGGGCUGAAUGGAAACCUUGUACUUGGCACCCUUGUUGCAAUAUUUGGAGUUAUCUUCGUCCUCUGCAUUGCAUGUAAAGUAGGGAAGCUGGUCCAGAAACGUAAGACAGGGCCUUUCUUCUCCUGUGUUUCUUUGCCACUGACAACCAAGGAGCCAGUAUCAGAGGUUGAGGAAAAAAAUGAAAUUUCCACCCUUUGUCCUGAGUCCCAGAAGGAAAAAGAAUUGCCAUUAAAUGAAACCCAGACAUCUGCACCUCUGCCACAGAGUUCACCAGACUGUGUCAGAUCUGCCAGGAAGACACAGCUUCCUGACACCCCUGCUGUUCUGUACGCGGUGGUGGACCACGUGCCGCCGUCGCGGUGGAAGGAGUUUGUGCGGCGCCUGGGGCUGAGCGACUGCGACCUGGAGCGGAUUGAGCUGGAGCACCGGCGCCUGCGGGACGCCCAGUACGAAAUGCUCCGCCUCUGGAGACUGCAGAUGGGCCGUGCUGCCACCGUGGAGCACAUCAGCCGUGUUCUCAACCACAUGGAGCUCAGUGGCUGCAGUGAGGCAGUUCAAGAAGCUUUGCUCAACCAGAACUCUCCUCAGCCUUGCAGCCUCCGCAACCAUCUUUAAUCUAUUUCAGCUUAGGCUGCCUUUGACCUUUAAGAGGGGAUCAUAGCUCUCUUUCUUUCCUCAUAUCUCCCCAUCUUUGUAACACUUGUCAGCUGGUUUUGUUGGAGACAGCAGCAGGUUAUGUUGGAGGAAGGCUGAGGUUUGCUUCUUAACCACCACAUAGUUCAGCUUUUAAGCCACGGCAUACCUCUGCAACACCUCCUCUCCCAAGGAGGGGAAGCACCUCAUCAAGGAAGUGGUGUGUGGAGUCUGAGCAAGAUGCAAAUAGGAGCUCUGAGUGACUUGAUCAUAGAUCAGCUCCUAUGGACAAGUUGUUGCUGAAACAGGUGCUCCACACGUUGUGUGGUGGGUAAACUUGUAGGGUGCUUUGGUUAAGCUGAGUACUCACUCACUUCUUGCAGAUCUAUUUUUCUGCGAGGUCAACCAGUUGAAGUGGCUCAUAUUGCAGCCUUUUGAUUGCUAAAUCUGACUCAGAGGAAGUGGUAGGAGGAUGUGCCUAUUUCUGGGAGCAGGAGAGGAUUGCCCCCUCUCGGUGUCAACCAGUAGCAACUGGUUGGUAUUGCUGUAGCAAAAGUCUCCUGGAGAUUCAGAGCUGGCUCUCUCUGUGAGAAACAGGAGGACCUCAUCCUUUCCACACCAUGUCCCUCAGGUUCCAGAGGAGUAAGAAUUCCAAGCCAGUGAGUCAGAUGAGAGGGUUGGUGCUUUUUUCCUCAAGUUUUUUUUUUCUGUAUCUAGAAAUCAUGUAAGUUAGCAUUAACAAAACACCUGCCUGCGUGUUUGUCCAGGUGCAGGGUGGCAAGGAGUGUGUGCACCUGCCUGGGUGAGGUGGCAGAGCACCUCUGCAAGUCUGUGCCUGCACACAGGCUGGUAGGCUUGUGUCUACCUGCUUACCUACAUUGGAUGAUUCCGUGAAUCUAACUGCACAUGGGACUGUGCACGUGUCUGUAUAGAUGUUCUAGCAACUGUUGAAUAACUGCACACUACUUCCUGGACUGGGAUUGCUGCUUGGCUGUGGGAGCCAUCCGCUACCAUCUCCAGGCUCUCCCCAGCGCUUCUCACCAGAAUUACCCUGGGAGAACCAGAUAGAGAAAAAAAUCAACUAGCCUGCACCAGGUGCAGGUUGUCCACAUGUUUGUAACAUGUUUUUUUUCAGUCUCUAAUCCCUUGAUCAGAGAGGAACUUUCUAUUGUAAAUACACUAAAUGUUCUGAAUUAAAGUGAAUAUUUUUA